CUGUCGCUCCUCAAGUUCUCAGUCAACUGCUGACACGCGAGUGAGUCAGUCUCUCCGCGGGGGGAAGUAGGUGUGGAUAAAAAAAUAGCUAACAACUGGUGGCAAGCCGAGGGCGAGCAAGUGUCACAGCAAAAGUGGAAUAAAAAAAUCGUAACGAGGGAGUGGAGGGAGUAGAACUGAGUAAAAAAGAGCUUUCAAGCCAGAUGCUUUCGCGCGCCGUCACGUGCGGUGGAGUUUUUUUUGCUACCGGUUACACGGACAAUGUCCAAAUUGUCGCGUACAACCGCCCUCGAGUUCAUAUCGACUUGGAGUACCGAUGAUGUUAUAGAGGUGCUGAAGAAAAAUGACCUGGGGGAGUGCUGUCAAGCGAUACUUAAGCGACAAAUCGACGGUGACGAGCUGUUGCACUUGACAACUGGUAAAUUAGCACUCUGGAAGAGCGAUUUGUCACGUGAUCAAAUAUGGACGCUAUGGAACUUUGUCGAGGCGAUAAUGCGCUCCCCGGAGGAUUACGUGUCCUCGGCGUCUCAUCCCCCGGCAGACGAGCCGAUGAGCGACUCCGGCUCCUGGGGAUCGGACUUCGACGACCACGAGGAUCCCGAGGAGGCGCGGGCCGUCGCCUCCCACCCGGUCCCCCCGGCCGAACGUAACGCCAACUUCCGGAACAGUCUCGCGCUGUUCGAGCACAACGGCAAGCCCCCGAGUGCAAAAGCCUCCCUGAAAUCCCCGGAGACACCCGAGAGCAUCUACAUGAACUGUCCUUCGGACGAGGAGGACACGACCUACAUAAAUGUCGAGCCCCAAAAGCCGCCCCCUCACCGGACAGUGCCCCAGCUUCAGAAUCAACUCGACACCUCGCUCGCUGAAAAAUUGAAGCAGGAGCUGAAGCUCAUAAUCCAAAAGGACAAUUCGAGUGUGAAAAAACCAGAGCUAGCUCCGCGACCGAGCCAGCCGCCCUCAGUGCCCUCGAAGCGGCCCCAGAUGACGACCCCCAGACCCCAGCAGAUCGUGAAGAAGCCCCUGCCCCCUCCGGUGAUCGCGAAAAAACUUCCCAAAGUCCCCGAUCGCCCCGACGAGCUCCCCAGACCCCCCAAGAUGCUCAGGAACUUCGAUUUAGUCGCCAAUUUGCCCACGAAAACCGAGGAGAGCGACGACGACUACGAGGCCAUUGACGGCCAGGUGGCUCUCCAGCAUCAGCAGAAGUUCGGGAGCAAACAGUCCGUGCUGGGCUCCGUGGAGAGCGUCUACAAGCCGUCGAGCAGCACGACCAGUCAAGAGAAAGAGGACGAUUUCUAUGAGUGCAUAACGGAAUCACCGGACGACAAUGCCUACUACGUCCAGCCGAUCUCCCCGCCGAUUAUGCCAGCAGGUCCACCUCUGCUCCCGUUAAAACCGACUACACCUGACACUCCGGCCCCCACAAAUCCUCGGAAAAUGAGCCUCCAACAUGAACGCCCGCCGGAGAAGAAACAAUCUCCACUGCACCACUCUGGUAGUACCUCGUCUUUGUCGGAGAUGAGGGCUACGAGACCGCUCCCACCGCCUCCUGACAGACUGACUUACGUGGAUCAACCCUGGUUUCAUAGUAUUACUCGGGAACAAGCCAAUGCCAUUAUUAGAGAACGUCCUCACAACGGUUAUUUCCUACUGAGGCCUUCAAACACAAAUCCGAAUAACCCAUUCGUCCUCACCCUGUGGUUCAACGACGGUGUUUACAACGUUCAAGUUCGUAAACGUCCUGACAACAGAUACGCGUUGGGCUCCCCACGAGCCCAAGAGCAAUCAUUCACAAGUGUCGAGGAGAUCGUGCAAUUCCACUCCCGCGAGGAGCUGCCCCUCUGCAGAGGACGUGUGCAAACAGGAAGUACAUUGCUGACGGAUACGCCCCCGAAGAGAUCGAAUUCCUGAACAAUAAAGUCACGCUGCUCAAUCGAAGCUUAACGACGCUGGACUGAUCUCAUCAUCGUCGCCUCCGCCUAAUUCGCCUCUUUACGACUGAUUUUUAAUGAAACUCAUGUGCCUUCGUGUUGUGACCCCUGCGUUGUCACUCACACAUGACUUCAUGCAAAUUCAUCAUCUUGAUUGAAUGUGACAACGUCGUACGUCUUCGUCACGAUUAAAUAGUGUCCAUAUUUACUUAAGUGCGAAUUUCUGCAUUAGGUGAUUGAGAGAACACAUGGCUGGAAUUUUUUCCAAUAAUUUUAUUGAGAAUUCUUAAGUAAUUCUCGAGAUGACGCGCACGAAAAAAUUUCGUACAGGGAAAUCUAGCGAAUUCGAUGGGGAAUUCUAUUAGAUUGCCAGUGAAAUAGAAAUACUCUCAAUGGAAAAUAUUCUAGGGAAACAGUCCAUAGAAUUCGAUUUUUCUGUAUGACUUGUCUAUUGAGAUAUUUUCUAUAGAAAUUUAUCGACUCGAAUUUUCCAGGUGCUUUUGUUUAUUUUUUCAAUUAAAGGAGAGAUUAAAUGGAGUGGAAUAAACUUGGAAAAUUAAUUUCAAGGAAUUCCUGUAGAAAACGUCUCAAUAGAAGAAGUUGUGUAGAAAGAUAACAUUCUACGGGUUUUUUUACAAAAUAUUCUCGUGCAUGGUGACCACUGACAAUGAGAUGUGCUUGUACGUACCUACACGCCACUGAAUGCGAUAGGGAGAAUCGUCAAGUAUUCGAAACAAUCCAAUAUCCAAAGUACUGGAUAUAUUUAUUCCUAGAGAAAUUAGUCAAAUGGGAAAAUUAAAAAUUACCCAUUCAAUUGGGAUUAAUGAAACUUUUCUACAUAUCUUUUCAUGAAUCUAUUCGAAUUAUUAUUGAGUAUCAUCCGAGCCCUGGACGAUUCACCCUACUGUUUAUAAAUAUACAUUUACUUUAGAAUAAACUAUUUUAUAUUUAAUAUUUUAUAUACAUCAUUUUACACUUGUGAUUGUCCUUGAAUGUUCAAAUCGAAAAUUAAUGAGAGACUAUAGAUUAUUUUUAUGUGAUAAUCAGAAGUGGAUAAAUUUUCAGAACACGCUUUUUGUCUCUGUGCAUUGAUACCGAACAAAUAAAAGAAUAUG